CUUGCGGAAACGUGGGUGUCGUAUAUUCAUGUACAUAGCUAAUGAUAAUACAUUCUCUUUUUUUAAAUACGGUAAAUUAGUUUUAUAGCAAUGGCUUUGUACGCGAAAGCUGCCGAGAUUCUCGAGAAAGUGGAGAGGAAGCAGGCUACUGUAAAGACUUUGGUUUACGAUAGUAAAUUUCAGAAUAUCAAGCAGCUUUUUGCCCUGGUGUGUGAGACACAGAAGUUUUCAUCCAUCCUUCAAGAGAUCAUUGAGUCCACCAAGCUCCUCAAACAGACCAAGAUAAAAAUGAAUCUGGCCAAGGUUCUGGUGUAUGACCUGGUCAUUGGUAAGGGGCUGAAGUGUGGCGGGGCCUGGAAGGCGCUGAUGAUGAAACACCGCUCUAGACUGCAGGCUGCCCUAGCCCGCAUGAAAAUCAAGCAGAAGGUCAGCCGCAACCAGGACCUGCUCUCUUCCAGUCUCCAGCAGCCUGAAGGCGAUCAGCUCCCAAGGUAUGUGCGUGUGAACACGUUAAAGACCACAGUGGAGGACGCCAUCGAUUACUUCAAGAGAGAGGGCUUCUCCUACUUGGGACAAGCCUACAGGCUCGAUGACCUGAAUCUGAAGGGGAAAUCCUUUGUGGGUGACCUGCACCUUUCAGACCUGCUGGUUUUCUCUCCAAAGACAGACUUCCAUGACCACAAUCUGUACAAGGCUGGCCACAUCAUUCUACAAGACAAGGCCAGCUGUCUCCCUGCAUACCUCCUGAACCCUCCUACAGGCAGCCACGUCCUGGACGCUUGUGCAGCACCGGGGAACAAAACCAGCCACCUCGCUGCCAUCAUGAAAAACAAAGGGAGGCUGUUUGCCUUCGACCUGGAUGCCAAGCGUCUCUCCACCAUGUCCACUCUCCUGCUCCGCGCCGGAGUCACAUGUCAGCAGCUGGCCAAUCAGGACUUCCUAAAGGUGGACCCGGACGGGCCGCAGUAUAAAGAUGUGGAGUACAUCCUACUGGACCCGUCGUGCAGCGGAUCAGGGAUGGUGUGUCUGCGGGACGAGGCCUCACCCUCCCAAAAGGAGCAGGACAAGCGUCGUCUGCAGGCCCUGGCAGCGUUCCAGCUGCACUGUCUCAACCACGCCUUGCGCUUCCCCCGUCUGCAACGCGUGGUGUACUCCACCUGCUCCAUCCAUACCGAGGAGAACGAGCAAGUGGUGGCCGCCUGCCUGCUGCAGAACCCAGGUUUCAGGCUGGUUCCACUGCUCCUGCAGUGGCCCGAGCGUGGUCUGGCUCCCCUCACAAAGUGUCUCAGAGCCAGCACCACCAAAACCCUCACCCAUGGCUUCUUUGUGGCCCUGCUGGAGCGACACACAGCACAGGGGCUAGAAGAGCAAGCUUCCGAAACACUCAAUCCGGUCGCUGAGAUGAGUCCAAGUAGUCCUUCUGCCAGUAAGGACAUACAUGAGGUUCAGGAGCCAAUUAGCACCACUAAGGAUAUAGACAUGGCUGAGGAAGCCAAACCCACAGAGGAAAAUACAGAAACCUCAGGAGUGAAGAAGAAGAGGAAGAAAAAGAAAGAUGGGGAUAAGGUGGCUCUGGAGCCCAAAGCCACUGAGGAACAGAUAAAUACCUCAGGAAGAGCAAAGAAAAAAAAGGCUAAAGUGGAAUGAGACUGACACUUCAAAGGAAGACUGGCUUUGGGUGCCUUGGCGGUCAUUUAGACGAGCUAUAUUUUUGCUCCAGUCGACAUCGAAGCUAGGCUGUGCCACGUUGGGAAAGCUUAGUCAUGGUGACAAUGAUUGGCUACCUAUAAUCCAGCAGUGACAUUCUACCCAGUCAAGUUCUGAUAUUGGAGGGUACUGAAUCUUAUGGAACACCUUUGUAUUUGUCUGUUACUGUCACUUGUACCCGUGACCAUGUGUAUUCCUCAAAUAAAACAUUCAAAAAAAAUUGAUCGGUUCAAAUGUAUAGACAUCUUCAGACAGACCAGUCACUAAGAUCUUUAUCACAUUUUAUUUAAAAACAGUACAUUUAAGACAUGAGCAGAGGGGAGAAUGUUAUAAUACGCUGCCCAUGUCUGCACAUUUACUCUCCUCUCGAAUUGCCCAUUGUGAGCCGAUGUUUGCGUUCCCAUUCACAGUAACAAACCUCUCAAACACUCAAUUUAAGACAUCCAGCCCGAACACUUUCCAUGUUAUAAAAAGUCAGUCAUUUGAAGCUUCAACAAAAUAAACACAUGGUAAAGCCUUGGUCCUUGAUUAAAUCCACAAGUCCAAAUGUUAAACAUGACUUAUUUACACAGCUCUGCACAAGGGUAAAUGACUUUGAUUUACAAAUGGGUAAAGCACAAAAGUGUGACUGGUUAAAUAUACUACAUUCAAAUGUUUCGUGCAUACGCAAAAUCUGGACCACAAGAUAAGACAAUUAUAAAGUCCUGUCUAUGGGAACAAACAAGGUGCCCAGGCCAUUCAAUAUGGUUUGAGUUGACCUUCAGCACAUUGUCCACCCAUCUGUCGUAAGCAGAUAUCACAAGAAGUAAAAACAAGCCUGGUAAACUGAGCAAAACAAAAACAGCCUUCUUUCAAAAGCUGUCUGUCAAAAAUGACCACAGGGCAGACUUCAUUGAUUUCACUUCCAGAUAACUGAGGUGGGGUGCUAUCAAUUGUUUUAAAAGGGAUUUAGGUAUAACAUGGGUAUCAUACAUAGUUACAUCGUAGAAUGAUACAUUAAAAUAUAAUUUAAAAGAAUGAACAGGGGACUUUAGUCCCAGCAAAAAUAAACUCACAUUCAAGUCAGUCUUUCUAUACACACACACACACCUCACACAGUAACACACAAAGCCACAAGUCUCAUUCAAGUCUAAAGCAACACAAUUCACGUUUGUCAGGCUUGUACUGUACACAAUGAUCAGACAGACAGCAUUCAUUUACAGUACCCAUACAGUAGCAGACCCAGUAUGCGCUCCUAUAAAAAAGUGGAGCUCUUACAAAGGGAAACUUUUAGACGCUUUUAUUCCACAAUUUCAUUACGGUUGAGGAAACCUUAACUUGAAAAAUUCUAUAAACUAGACCAAUUGUCUCAGUGAGCCAAGCUUGAAGGAACUCUAAAAGGCAACCUGCCUUAAUACAAAAAUAAAGGUGUACAUUGACACUAUUUAGCCAAAUCAGGACCCCCACACACAUUCACACACCUCUCACAAUAACUAGCCUAAUUGGCUCGACCAGGAGAGGUUCCGAUUAAAAAUUAGUAUUCAAAAUCCUAGUUCUGUCUCAAGAGGGGCGGCCCAAUUAAGAACCGAUUCAACACCAGAGGUAAUUUUAACCUACAUGGUUAGUCAUGUUUAGCGCACAAAGAGGUUAGGUUUGACUUGAAAGACAAUUACCCUCCAGUUCCUUUAGUCCUGAGUUUUGAUCCAGCAUUAAUGAAAAGAACACCUCUCCUGCUGUGCACAUUUGUUAAUCCAGUUGUAUUGUCACACUCAAACACAUUCAUCAAUAAAUUGUUAAAAAGUCCCAACAAAACUCAGAAACAUCACCCAUUGAGCGUGCGGGUAAAACCACGUCCGGCACUAGCAAUAUGCCGCCAUUCACCACAUUACUUCCUCCAAGCCAGACU